CCCAAUUAAGGGAGCAUUCAAUUGAUAGAGCUAGGCUUUGAUCAACCACAGAUUCUUCAGAGAAUAGCUAGUCCCAAAUGGGUAGAAGCCCUUGCUGUGCUAAGGAGGGCUUGAAUAGAGGUGCUUGGACUGCUCAAGAAGACAAAAUUCUUUCAGAAUACAUCAGAGUUUAUGGAGAAGGAAAAUGGAGAAACAUUCCCAAAAGAGCAGGAUUGAAGAGGUGUGGGAAGAGCUGCAGGCUUCGCUGGUUGAAUUAUCUGAGACCAGACAUUAAGAGAGGAAACAUAUCACCGGACGAGGAGGAGCUAAUCAUAAGGCUUCACAAGCUCUUGGGGAACAGAUGGUCGCUGAUAGCGGGAAGGCUUCCAGGGCGAACAGACAAUGAAAUAAAAAACUACUGGAACACAAAUCUAGGCAGAAAAGUUGAAGAUCCCAAGCUUUCAAAUCACCAGUCUGGUAAGAAAAAUUUGAAGAAGCCCAAGAUCAACCCAUCAGCAGCAUCCAAGAUGGAUUUACUUGUGGCUCGGCCUAAAGCAAUUAAAUGCUCUAAAGUUGUCAUCACACAGCAGCCUUACUGUAAAGAAUCAGGGCCGUCCGUGGAUGGUGAUCAUAAUCCCCUCGACAAUUCGUUUGGUAGCAGAGAAAAUAAGCAAACACCGGACUUCGUGGUGGAUUUCAAUAUGUCGGAACUUUGCUUUCCUGAUCUUCUCAGCUCCUGCUUUCCUCCUCAUCAUAAUGACAAUGAUAUAUCUCCCUCUUCGGAACAAUCCUUAAAGUUUUCCUAUGAAAUGAUGCACGAUUGGAACAUCACCAAUCGUGUUCAACCCAAUGUUCUUCUCGACAUCCACUCUCUGGCUUCAUUUCUUGACUCUGAAGGGGAAUGGCAGGCAGAAUAGUUUAGAAAAAUAUAAAAAUUAAGAAAUAAAUCUAUUAAUGUUAUUAUGACAGUGACUGUCUUUAGCUGCUCCUCACCUAGCUAGUAAAGUUUCAUGUAAAUAAUUUCGGAAACUUUAUAAAAAUAUAACUUAGUGCUGUAUUUCCAUGGUGGUGAUGUUAGCCCACUAUUAAAUAAAUAAUUUUUUUUUUUUCUUAAAAAGCACAAAUAGUUGUACUUGGUGUGUGGCUAGUGUGGAGGUAGAGUGGCGUAAAGAAGAAGAACUUUUCUUUUGUCCUCUUUGUGAAAACUUUUGUAAAUGUAUUUUGGUUCAACUUAACCAACACAUGCAGAGUAUUGCAUUAAUAUUUAUAUUCUCUAUACGUACAAUUAGAUUUUCUCAAGUAUGUUAU